AUGAGAGCGGCUGAGGAGAGUAAAAUACCUCACGAAACUCUCCUCGAAUACGCUCAAAAGUUGGCUGCUUUCACCCACGCUCCACCGUCUCUCACCACCAACGACAGCCACGCCCCUCAGCAGCCAUUCAAUAUGCCUUUCCCCACCGAAUCAAACAUGCGUCGUGGUAUCCUAUUUGCUCAGGGCGAGGAACACACGCUCACGCUUGAAAUGGGAGAGAGUCGCGAGGUGGAGGCUGAGAAAGUGGUCCACCAUCCAAUCAACAGCACUGCACAAGAGCAGCAACACAUGCAAGCAUUUGACGGUGAUGGGGAUGUUGAGUUUGAUUUGCUGGAUUGA